GCCUGGAGGAGCUGCAGCGGCAGCGGGAGCGGCUGCGGCGGGACGGGGACGCGCUGCGCCGGGAGCUGGCACGGGCACGAGGUGACAGCAGCAGGGGCAACGCCAGCCUCGUGUCCUGCCGGGAGCGGGCGGCCAGGCUGGAGGCCAAUGUCACCGCGCUGGGGGACGAGCUGGUGGCGCUGCGGCGCGAGCGGGCCCAGCUGGCCGGUGACAAAGUGGCCCUGCAAGAGGAGGUGGCGCGGGGCGCGGAGCAGGCGCGGGGGCUGCGGCGGCGGCUGCAGGAGGCGCUGGAGCAGCAGCGGGAGCUGCGGGAGCGCCGGGAGCGCUGCGAGGCGCGACAGAGGGAGCUCCAGGACACCCUCCGGGACUACGCGGCCGAGCUGGAGGCGCUGCGGCGGCGGGGCAGGGACAGGGACAGAGGCAGCGGGCGCAGGUGUCCCCCGGGCCGGAAGGGCUGAGGCCCCGCAGCCCCCCCGGCCCCCCCAGCGAGCGCCACAUCGCCGGUGUCGCCGUGUCCCCAGCGCCGGGAGCCGCGGGGCUGGCCCGGCCCCGGAGCCGCCAGCGCGGCGCGGCAGCGACGGGGGUGGGACACGGCUCCUGAUCCCAGUGAUCCCUGAUCCCGCUGAUCCCUGAUCCAACCGUAAUCCCUGAUCCCAGU